GGUGCUCUGACAGGACCGGAUCCUUUGCGUCGCCUUCAACAGCCCGAAAUGAAUCGAAGACAGAGCUUUGAACAACAGCAGCAGGGCAACGCUAGACAACAGCAGGCUCUUUUACUUCUACUACAGCGUCAGCAACAACAGAGACAGCAGCAGCAGCGACAGCAACAAUUUCUAUUGGACGAGUUGCUGCGACGUCAGUUGCAAGGACGCGAUCGUGAUAAUAGACCCAGCUAA